UUUUUUUUACUAGUAGGACUGUUAAAAUCCGAAAUGAUCAGAAUCUUCACUCGUGGUGACGUGCAUUUAUCCGAUUCCCUGAAUCCGAUCCCAUUCAUUACACUAAAACUAUCCCCCAACCAUCAUUUCGCUGAAAUUGAUAAGAGUUUACGAGAGGAUCAAACAAAAUCAAAAUCAAAGAUCGAGGAAUAGAAAUACAACAGAUCAACAAAGAAAGAGUGCACCGACGUGUAUGAUAGGUAUUGGUGGAAUUAGUCGAGGUGCAAGCAAGUUGGCCCGGACACCUCAUUAAAAAAAAGAAUGAAAUGCACUUGAAUAGAGCUGAAUGGAUAUAUUGGAUGAUUCACAGUCAACUCCAGCUGAUUGAGACAGUUGAUUCAUUGAGCUGUCUUAGAGAAAAGUUCAAGCUUAAGGCAUUGUCGGAAGAAUCUUUUCUUUGAAGAACCUCUAAGAGCUUCAACAUUGGAUGGACCAAGGGGACCCUCGAAAUUGUUUAUUGAAUUUGGCUACUUGAAAUUUGGGAAUAAUGCAUUGAAGUUGUAAUUUCUUAGUUGUGUGCUUGUGUAAGGAAAAUGGUGAAGUUGACCAUGAUUGCUCGUGUAACUGAUGGCCUUCCUCUAGCUGAGGGGCUGGAUGAUAACCGCGAUGUUCCAGAUGCAGAUUUCUACAAACAGCAAGCCAAGUCCUUAUUCAAGAACCUCUCUAUGGGCCAGAAUGAGGCAUCAAGGAUGUCCGUUGAAUCUGGACCUUAUAUUUUCCAUUAUAUCAUUGAAGGGCACGUUUGUUAUCUGACUAUGUGUGAUCGCUCUUAUCCAAAGAAACUUGCCUUUCAGUACCUGGAAGACCUUAAGAAUGAGUUUGAGCGUGUCAAUAGGAGUCAAAUUGAAACUGCCGCUAGACCUUAUGCCUUUAUCAAAUUUGAUACAUUCAUACAGAAGACGAAGAAACUGUACCAGGAUACCGGAACUCAGCGCAAUAUUUCGAAGUUGAAUGAUGAACUUUAUGAAGUUCAUCAGAUAAUGACUCGAAAUGUACAAGACGUUCUUGGUGUCGGUGAAAAAUUGGACCAGGUCAGUCAGAUGUCCAGUCGCUUGACAUCAGAAUCCCGCAUAUAUGCUGAUAAGGCGAGAGAUUUAAAUCGUCAGGCUUUGAUUCGGAAAUGGGCUCCUGUUGCUAUUGUCAUUGGAGUUGUUAGUCUCCUCUUCUGGGUUAAAAAUAAGAUCUGGUGAUGCUGCCAGAAGAUGUACAGCUAAGAGGAGAUGUUACUCACAUUGGACAGUGCACAACCGACAUAAACACAAUGGUGUUUGUUUUUCUGCGCAUGGGGCAAGUCAAGCAAUUUCAGUUGAAAAUGUAAAACAGAGGAAGUAAACUAUGACGAGCCAUGUCGCUGAUACUUGAUAAAUGAUAUUGAUAUGAAUUGCUCGGCAUGUUUUUCUUAUUACUCAACCACAAACUUGUCCUCCAAUAGGUUAUUGUGACUCUGAAAUGACGACUAGCUAUGCUGUAAAUUACAGUGGAGGCUUCAUAGCCUACUAUUUUGAUUUUGUGAGAAUGCACGGGAGAAAAACAUUAUAUUGAUUAAAGUAUUGUACAACCCUAUUUAUAUA